AUGAGUUAUAGUGAUUCGAGGUCCCCAUCAAACGAUAGCAGUAGUCAAGAUGCUACCUCAGGAAAAUUGCAAUACACAGAAAGUGAUGAUGAAGGGAGUGACGAAUAUUGUAAAGGUGGAUAUCAUCCUGUUAAAAUAAAUGAAAUAUACAACGAUCGGUAUAGAAUAGAAGGGAAAUUAGGAUGGGGUCAUUUUUCAACUGUUUGGGUUGCAACAGAUUUAAAAAGUAAACCAUUAAAAUUUGUUGCUAUAAAAAUUCAAAAAGGAUCCGAGUCAUUUGGAGAAUCAGCUAAAUGUGAAAUCAAUUAUUUAAAAACUGUUAAAGCGAACUCUUUUGAUUCUUCCUGGGUAGAAUUAAAAGAACAUCAGAGAGAAAGACUAUAUCACUAUAACAUGACAAAGGGAGUUGUUUCAUUUAUUGAUAGUUUUGAACAUAAAGGUCCAAAUGGUACACAUGUUUGCAUGGUUUUUGAAUUCAUGGGACCGAAUUUAUUGUCCCUAAUUAAACAUUAUGAUUAUAAAGGAAUACCUUUAAAUUUAGUUCGGAAAAUUGCUACUCAUGUAUUGAUAGGUUUACAGUAUUUACACGAUGUUUGUAAAAUAAUACACAGCGAUAUAAAACCGGAAAAUGUUUUAGUUUCACCACUUAUGAAUAUCCCCAGACCAAGGGACUACAGCAAAGAGGAUAUAAAAAUCAGUGAUGAAAGGAAAAACGAUCUUGUUAAAAAAGAAGAAAAAGUAGUAGGUGGUGAUACGAAUUUUGAGACUAAUGUUUGUGAUAAUGCUGAUGAUAGUGACAAUGAUGAAGAUUUGGAAGAUAACCAAUCAUCAUGUCUAAGCGAAGUGAAAGAUAAACACGAAUGGGACAAUGUAGAUUACAAUAAAUUAAGUAAAAAAGAAAAAAAAAAGUUAAAAAAAAAAAAAAAAACUUUCUUAAAAAGAGAAAGAUUAAAAAUGGAAGCACUUGAACAGAAGAAGCAAAAUAAUGAUGAAUCAACUGCAAAUGAUUCCAAUCAAAAUAUAAAUGGCAGUAAAAUAAAUGCUGAUGUAUCUGCAACUUUGACUUUAAGCGACGUAGCACAAAAUGAUAACAGUCAAUAUAAAAAGGAAGAUAAUGAACAAUUCAAUAAUCCAACUCAGGUUCAUGCAGAAAAUAUACCAAAAGGAGAAGAAACAAACAACAAGAGUGCACAUAAUCACAAUUUUGUAAAAACAAAUAUUACCAUCAAUAGCGUGAAAAGCAAUAACUCCAUCAAUGAUACUUCAUCAAAGGAAGCACUUAAUCAGAAAAAUAAUUUUAUACAAAGUGAUAAUGCUAAUAAUGUUGAAGAAAAUCAUGUAACAAACAAAGUGAUCAUUGAAGAGAAAGACAGUUGCAACAAUUUGAUUCCAGAAAUGUCAAAGGACAAUCAGCCAAUUAGCACAGAAAGUAAUAAAUCUUGUGAUAAAACAAAAGAAAAUUUAUCCAAUAAAAAUGAAGGGAAAAAAUUAAAGAAAGAAAAUAAGAUUAAUGAACCUCCAUAUGUCAAACAUAGACAUAGACCAUCCAACUCUGACCCGUCGUUACUCACUAGUUACAAUAACAUACAUGCAUUGCAGGAAUCGUUGAUGAGGAGACCCUAUCAUUACAACAAUUACUUCUUAUAUAACCCCGAGAAGUAUGGAGAUGAUAGGUGUUCCUUAUUUUUGCACAGGUUACCCAGCGAUUAUUUGAAAAAAAACAUGUCAGAUGAUAGUGAUCAUGAUAAGGACCCUGAUGACCAUUGCAGUGAUGAACAUUAUGAUAGCCAAGAAGAGCAUGCUGAAAAAAGUGAAAUGAGUGAAUGCGAAAAAUCCUUAGAAUAUACAGAAAAGGAUUUUAACAAAUUUCCCAUAUAUUGUGACAUGUUUAACCAUCUAAUGCACCCACAAGCAAUGAAAUUACAUGAUAAGUAUAAAAAUAAAAACAAAAGUAAAUAUUCAAAAACGCCCAAUGAUGAUACUCUAGAGAAUAAUCAUAAUGGACACAAAGUUGUAUAUAUAAAAACAGAAGAGGGAGAAUAUCGUAUUAGACCCUAUGAUCCAACUGUUUAUUAUCAUGAAAAAUCAUGUUAUAAAAUAUGUGAUUUAGGAAAUAGUCUAUGGGUUGAUGAAUCAAGGUAUGCUGAAAUUCAAACAAGACAAUAUAGAUCUCCAGAAGUUAUAUUAAAAAGCGGAUUUAACGAAACUGCUGAUAUAUGGUCCUUUGCAUGUAUGAUAUUCGAACUAGUAACAGGAGAUUUUUUAUUUAAUCCUCAAAAAUCAGAUAGAUAUGAUAAAAAUGAAGAACACCUAAGUUUUAUGAUUGAAGUUUUAGGAAAUAUACCCAAAUAUAUGAUAGAUUCAGGUUUUAAUUCGCACAAAUAUUUUAAUAAAAAAACAUAUAAACUGAAAAAUAUUAGAAACAUUAAAAGAUAUGGUCUAUAUAAAAUAUUCAAAUAUAAGUAUAAUAUACCAGAAAAGGAAAUUAAUCCAUUAUGUAGUUUUUUAUUACCUAUGCUUGCUAUAGAUCCACAGAAGAGGCCUUCAGCUUAUACCAUGCUACAGCACCCAUGGCUAAAUAUGAUUGGGCCGGAAGAUGAAGAAAUGUAUGCAAAAAAUAGAUCCUAUUCCUUUAACAGUAUGAGCGUAAAGAAUAAAGUAAACUAUGAAAGCCAACAUUAUGAAAGCCAGCAUUAUGAAAACCAACAUUAUGAAAAUCAACAUUAUGAAAAUCAACAUUUUGAAAACCAGAAAUAUGAAAACCAAAAGUAUGAAAACCAAAAGUAUGAAAACCAAAAGUAUGAAAACCAAAAAUAUGAAAACGAAAAUUAUAACAUGAAUCAGAACACACAUAUAGGCAAAAAUUUGUACAGUAAGCAAAACAGUAUGCAUGCCAAUUUGAAAAAUUCUAAGAACUGCUCUCCAACACAACAUUUCGAUGAAGAAUUGUGCAAAAGUGAAGAAUGUGAAGAUGAAGAAGAUGAUGUUGAUGAUGAUGAUGAUGCUGGAGAAGAAAACUACAGCAGCGAAGGGGAAUAUGAUUUUACCUAUGAUAAUGAAAUUACCUAUAAUGGAACGGAGAAUAAGCCACCUCCAUUGAAAUAUGACCCUCUGUAUCAAAGAAAACAAAAUAAUAAAUUAGAAGGAAAAGCAAAAUAUAAAAAAAUAAGCGUCUCUGACAUUCCUGACUCUCCAUUAAAUAUAGAGGAGUAUGUAUUCAGUUCUGGAAAUAUACCGGAUAUUGUACAGAACAGUACAAAUAAUAAGAAGCUUUUGAAAAAAAUAUCACAAUACCAAAGUCUCCAACUAAGGAAACAUAAUAAAAUGAAUAGUCAUGUGCACAAUGAUGAAAUCGUGAAUUCAGAAGAAGAUGAAAAUUUUGAUCAUUACUAUGAGAAUCCAGAGAAGUAUAAAUAUGAAAAGGAGGAAGAAGACGAAAUGGAAGAUGAGGAGGAGGAAGAAGAAGAGGAAGAGGAAGAAGACGACGACAAUGACAUAACGGAUAAGGAAAACUACGAGGAGGAAGAAGAAGAAGAAGAAGAGGAAGAGGAGGAGGAAGAAAACGAGGACAACGAAUAUCAUGACGAGAAUGAAAAGUAUAGCAAAAAUCACCAUGUCAGUAAAAACAUUCACAAUAUUAAGUACAAAAGUAAAGAUUGCGAAAAUAAUUAUUAUGAAAAUGGUUUCUUCGACAGAGGAAGCGGAAUAUAUGAAAGAGAAGAAGAUGCCUAUUCUUUACAAAUCAAUCAAAAAGGACGAAAAAAUAAAUUAGGAAUUAUAGAACAGACAGCACAAAGCGAAACAUUAAAUACAGUGAAAAAAAGAGAUUUCAUGAAAGAUACUCUCAAUGAAAAAACAACCCUGAGAGAACAGACAUCAAUAAAAAUUAUCCCAAAUGUUAAUGAUAAUGCAAACAAGGAAUCAAUAAAAACAGAGAAAAAUAGCGCGUCAUCCAAAAACCUUAGCAACAACGCCUUAUUGAGUUGUAGUAGCACGAGCAAAAAUGUAUACACAGUUGACAAAGGAGAAAAAAAACAGCUCGAAGCAAAAAGGAAAGAAGCACAAGCACAGGAACAAACACAAGAUAACGAAAGUCAAAAUUUUCAGAACCCAGAUGAGGAUAAAACAAAUAAAUUAAAUUGCAAAAUGAUUAAUAAAAAAACAUUUUUUGCUUUUUCGUAA